AUGCCACAGAUAUAUGUGAAAAGGUAUAUAUGCUAUAUCCAUAUAUGUGUUCGUGAAGCUAGGGCUGUGCGCCUCCUCUCUGCAGCCAUGGCAUGCAAGGAGGAGGAGCUCGUGGAGCCAGAGGGGCAUGAUGGGGUUGUGGAUGCCUCUUAUGAGGACGAGGGGAAUCACGAGGACGGCGCGGAGGGGCAGGAUGCCCAUGGGUGGUGGCUGGCAAGCGGCGGCCAUGAUGGCGUGAAGGAGGCCGGAGUUUACCGAGUUCAUUACAAGCUCUAUAUAUAUAUAAUAUCUGCCCUGCAGGAAGAUAUAUAUAUAUAUGCAUAUAAACCCUAUAUAUGUUUAUAG